UAUUGGUGACACUGGAAUUUAUUUAUAGUAUCAUCUGUUUAUGUAUUUGAAUGUAACAUUUUUCGUAUAAAAUGGUCGUAAAUACUUACGACAAAUUAGCUGAAGAUUUACAACGACAAGAACUAGAGGCUGUAAAUGGUAUCGCUCCACCACAAGUUUAUCAACAACUUUUAGCGAUUUAUUUACAUCAAAAUGAUUUAUGUAACGCAAAGUUUUUAUGGAAACGUAUACCGAAUAGUGUGAAAACUUCGACGCCGGAAUUGGCAAAUAUUUGGGCAGUAGGUAAAAGUAUGUGGAAACGAGAUUUCCCCGCCAUAUAUCAAGCUUUAAACGUAACCUGGUCCGAUACGGUGGCGGAUAUUAUGAAACAAGUCAAAGAGGUCGUGAGAGCUAGAGCUGUGGAUUUGAUAUCUCAAGCGUAUUCUUCUAUAACUUUAGAUACGGUGUCGGCGAUGACGGGCUUACCUCCUGACAUCUGUAUACCGGCUUGUGCAGAGAAAGGUUGGACAUACGAGGCUGAUUCAAAGAUAAUACAUCCGGUUAGAAAGCCAGGGGAACAUUUAGGACAGACGAGCAGCGAGGAUCAACUGUCGAAAUUGACGGAUUUUGUUUCGUUUCUUGAAAAUUAAUUAUAUCUCAUUGUUUCUAUUUUUUUUUUAAAUAAAGUAUGUGCGAUUAAAAAAACUAAGAA